CUUUCGUUUUCUUUAUUGUUUACUCAACAAAAUUGAGCAUGCUGUUCGUUCAAGAUGAUAUCGAGCCAUUAAUUUGAUUAUUUUCUUCCUUAUAUGUUUAUUGGAUUUCAUUUUGGUCAUAGGUGCAGUUGUUAUUGUAGUUGAUGAUUGCUGGCCAAUUUUCGGGUUAUUUUAAUUUUGUGCGGAUUCUCACUUUUUUCUUUUGAUAUGUGAUUAUUUAGACGCUCAGAAACUGUACAGGGAAAAGAACCAGAAAAGAACAAAGAAAAAUGAAAUAGAAUUUGAACUGUAGACGUUUAGGUGUUCUGGAUCCACAAGUUUGUACAACCUCUGAAAAGUGAGACUGCGAGGAUUACCAUGUGUCAUUGAAUGGAUUAAAACACAUACUGAUUCUUGCUCUUGUGGUCGCUGCAAUGAAUUACUGAUGCUGCUUUUCAAAUACAAGAGCAACAAAGACACCACCACUGCAACCACUAAGCCUUAAAAUUCCUUUAGGUUGCUUGCAAUUCCAGGUACAUCUGUGAUUGAGGAUUUGAUUUUGGGGUUAGAUUGUCCCUUCUAUCAGGUUUAUCUGUUUUAGUUUCGAAUUGGGUGGUGGUGGGAGGUUCUGACUUUGUCUCAGUUUUAAGGAAUGGGGGUUUUGUUUUUGCUUCGUGUUCAUUCGCUUCUCUUUGGUCGAUUGAGUUUAAUUCCGUGGGGUUUUGUUUUCUCUCUUGUUCUUGAUGUUUUUGGUCUUGAUGAAUUUGGGGAGUUUUCCAAUUUGGGCUAAGUUUUAAAGAAUGGGGGUUUUGACUUUUGAUUUGGGUUCCUUUAUAUUUUUUAGUGGUUCAAGUUUCCUCCUUUGGGAUUUUGUUAUUUUUCCUGUUCUUGAUGUUCUGGUCUUGAUCAAUUCUGCUACAUAACGUUUAGCUUGUACUAAUGAAAUUUAACUUCUUGAUAUCACUCAUGUCUACAUUACUCCUUAUUCCAUUAUAAUAAAACCGAUGUUCAUUUUCUUACUUUCUUCUUGCACGCUUAGCUUAACAGCCAUGGCAGAGGAAGCAGGUAUGUUUGUGGUUCAUCAAACCAUUGGAAGUGUUCUAUGUUGCAAGUGUGGUAUCCCAAUGGCGCCAAAUGCUGCUAAUAUGUGCGUGAAGUGCUUGCGCUCUGAAGUUGACAUCACAGAAGGUUUGCAGAAGCAUGUCAUUGUCAUCCAUUGCCCUGAGUGUGAUAGGUACUUGCAGCCCCCAAGAACAUGGAUUAAAGCCCAACUGGAAUCGAAGGAGCUCUUGACUUUUUGCGUGAAGAGAUUGAAGAAUUUGAAUAAAGUUAGGUUGGUACAUGCUGAGUUUAUAUGGACUGAACCUCACUCCAAGAGGAUUAAAGUCAAGCUGAGAGUUCAGAAAGAGGUACUCAAUGGAGCUGUUCUGGAACAAGCUUAUACUGUUGAGUAUGUUGUGCAAGAACAAAUGUGUGAAUCUUGCUCUAGGGUUCAAGCAAACCCUGAUCAAUGGGUGGCUGCUGUGCAACUGCGGCAGCAUGUUUCUCACAGGCGAACAUUCUUCUACUUGGAGCAGCUUAUUCUUAGGCAUGAUGCUGUAGCGCAAGCUUUAAGAAUUAAGCAGAUGGAUCAUGGAAUUGAUUUCUAUUUUGGUAAUCGCAGUCAUGCUGUUAAGUUUGUGGAGUUUCUGGCCAAGGUUGCCCCCGUUAGGAGUCGUCAUGACAAACAACUUGUCUCACAUGACCUCAAGAGCAAUAAUUACAACUACAAAUAUACUUUCUCUGUUGAAAUCUGCCCAAUUUGCCGUGAAGAUCUUAUAUGUCUCCCGCCAAAAGUUGCUGUGAGUUUGGGAAAUCUCGGUCCACUUGUUAUAUGCACCAAAGUGAGUAACAGCAUUGCUUUACUAGACCCCUUUACCCUGAGACAUUGUUUUUUGGAUCCUGAUCAAUAUUGGAGGGCAUCUUUUAAGUCUCUACUUUCUAGUAGGCAACUAGUUGAAUAUAUUAUAUUGGAUUUGGAGAUUGUUUCUUCUGAAGUUAAUAUUGGUGGGUCAAAGUAUACUUUGGCUGAUGCCCAAGUUGCUCGUGUAUCUGAUUUUGGAAAAAAUGACACAAUUUUCUCUAUAAGAACACAUUUGGGCCAUCUUUUAAAUCCUGGUGAUUAUGCUCUUGGUUAUGACCUGUAUGGAGCUAACAGUAAUGAUAUUGAGCUAGAUAAGUAUAAAGGUCUUGUCCUUCCAGAUGCAAUUUUAAUUAAAAAGAGCUAUGAAGAGAAGCGUCAAAGGAGGCGUGGGAAGCCUCGUUCAUGGAAGCUUAAAUCUCUCAACAUGGAAGUUGAUGAUAAUGUUAGAGCUAGGGUUGAGGAGGAUAAGAGAAAUUCUGAGUACGAGCAGUUCUUGAGAGAUUUAGAAGAGAAUCCUGAUAUGAGGUUUAAUAUGUCAUUAUACCGGAACAAAGAAUACCAGCCAUCAGAAUUGGCUUCAGUGACUGAUGGGGAAGACUUUCCUUCUGUACCUUUAGACGAGUUGUUUGCUGAUCUUGAUCUAAGUGAAGAGGAAGAUGGGGGAGAUAGCAUGAGGGAGUAAAUUGAAUCCGUUUUUUUCUGCAUCCAAUCAAGAUUUUGGGUAUUUUGGCAGCUCGUCUUUCAGUUUUCUAAAUUUUAAAGCACCGUGACUGGAAUAUUGUUUUCUCCCAGGCUUUGGCAUUGUUGGUAUAUGGUACGGUCUGCAUUAACGCUAUUUGGAGACAUGAACAACGUCUAAAGAGCCGAAAUGGAGUUCUUCAAAAGUUUGGUUUGAUAGUGCUGUAGAUGGUCGUAGGCCCCCUGUUUGAUGUUUCACGCUUUUUCUUAAGUUAUAAAUGGUUUGUAAUGAGUCAAUAAUUUGAUAAUAAACCUUUAUAUCAUCCUUUGACAGUCGCUUGGACUAUUCUUAGAUAAGUUGUACAUAUGUAUGUUGUUUUAUACCGAGCCACGUCUACUGAAUUAGGAACUUGUAUUUGCAACUCUUGUUGCUUAUUAAGCAAUGGGCAAUGGAAUUGAUGCCCUCAAAAUCUGCAUCAUCUGAACUGGAUCUCCUUCACCACUCUCCUUAACGCCUGUAUCACCGGAAAAUCCCUGGAACAUAGCCAGAGAUAUACCUUCAACUCCUCUCAAGAGAUGAAGGGGCUCGGAAUCUUCGUAACACAACCCCACCUCGAAAAGCAAGCUGAUCACACUCUACUCCCCUCUUUGGUCAGCUCGGCAAGGCUCGCUGCAUUUUUUACGAUGAUCUGCAGGUCGUGAAUUCCUGAGUCUGUCUGGGUGGCAAUGGCAAUUGGGUAUUCAAGAUAUGGGCUUUCUAGAGAAGGUCUACUUCUCUACUGUGACAUGGCACGCCAAGUCGAUCAACUGGGAAAUUUUGCAUUUUUAGUGGCUCUAAAGUUGUGCGCCUAAUUAUUUCAAUUGCAGGUUGGAAGAGCGGUUCGUGCCCAGAUUGUUAAGUCCAAGGAAGAUCUGGAUCAGGUUGUGUACAAUGCUGUUCUUAGGUUGUUUGCCGAGCGUGGGCGUUUUAAUGGGGUACUCCAUGUGUUUGAAGAAAUGCAUGGCAACUUGCUGAUUGCGGGCUUUGUGCGGCGAGAUCAACUAUUUGAGGCUUUGGAUGCUUUUAGGAGGAUGCAAGGAGAGGGAGUGGGAUUUAGCUGGGCUACCCUCCCUACAAUGUUGCCAGUCUGUCUGUGCUAAAGUGACCGCACUUUAUGGUGGGAAGGAGAUACAUUCGAGGAUGGUCAAAUCAGCUAGAAUACGAGAUGUACUGGUGCUAACCUCACUAAUGGACACGUAUGCAAAAUGUGGAGUAUAGCGGGAGAGUAUUUGAUGGAAUGCCUCGUGAAGAUUUAACGUCGUGGAAUACGGGGCUCACAGGAUAUGCUAUAAACAGGCAUAUGAAAGAAGCCAUGGAAUUGUUUGGUGAGAUGCUGUGGUCUGGCUUCUGUCCGGAUUGGGUCACAGUCAUUGCCUUGUUGAUAACAACCAACUGCGGCAUUCCCACAACCCGAGCAAGUCAUCAGGGGAGCAGACAACUAUAGAUGAAGUCAUGAGGAGCAAGAGGCCAAGGAAGAGGCUGGCAAGGCUGCUAGAUUUACUCUUAAAUGAACAGAGAGGAGUGGCAUGAGAUUGUAACUAACUGUUACUCUGUUAUAAGGCAAAUAAUAAAAAUGCACGUGGUGCACA